UAUGCUCGUUUCUCAGACAGGCAGUAACAUUUUCUCACAGUUCUCUCUUCUUUAUGAAACACUUUCAAAAAAGUUCAAUGAUCAAGUUAAUGAUCAACCUACAGGUUGGACUCAAGAAAUGAUUAAGUCACUCCCGUGUAUUUCACUCCCGUGACCGUGCCUUUUCGUCCUGGCGUCGUUCCGCUGUACUGUAGCGUUUUUGUAUCCUUGUUGAAACAUAUUGCUGCAGACGAACCCAUGAUUCAUUACAAGCUAGCAAGCAAAAGCAAGCUAGCGACGACACAGUAGACGCGGCAGGGCGGCACGAAGAAGAUUGAUUGACAAUGGUCUACAGCCAAUCAGGACGCAGAAAAAAUUGGCCAGUGCAGAUAGACGAGAGAGGGAAGAAAGACACACUAAAUUUCCCACAAUGCAGUUCUUUUUAAAGGGCCAGGCUGUGCCUGUAGCAGCGUUCAUACGCUGGAAUGAACAGCGAAUCCACAAAAGGUGAACCGUGAUAGAGCGAGGGAACACUAUGGAUCAUUUCGUAGCAUAUCUGCAUGUGUUGCUUUAUCAAAGUUGCAUCCUUUCAUUUUUUCACUGGAAAAAGUUUGGACACCCCUGAGUUAGACUUUUUUGCAUUGCAUGCAAAAUUGCAGUUUUUAGAAUGGUUGUGGUAGUCUGAAUUCCACGUAUUUUAUGCUACAAAGAAUGGCUUUGUUGCAAAGUUGUCCAACGCCUCCAACCUAACAAGCCACACAAGUGGACUGUAUCAUAAUAACAGGAACAAUAACGUGAUUGACAUGAAUGCACAUGACUGUAGGUUCUAAUCCAAGUCGAUGUCAAGUGGUGUUAUCCCAGCAAAAAUAAAGCACGAGAAAAGACUCCGUUGUUUUGUUGUCUUUUUCUUUCUGGUGUCAGAAAACUGGAUCUAUGGAAACGCACAGUGGUACCAUCUGGAACCAAACCAUAUCAAAACUGAAACAAUUUUUCCAUUAGGAAAUCAUUUAAAUCCAAUGAAUCGCAAAAAUGUUAACGCCAAACACUUUUAAUGCAGGAUAAUAGUUUUAUUUGCGGUGAAGUGGUUAAUGUCACUUUCGUCUCCACUGAUCACACCACUUAAGUUGACAACAUUUUUCUAUUACAAGUCAUCCCUCAUUUAUAGCAGGGACUCGAGACGGCCCAGAGUUAGCGAGCUAGCCCGUUAGCCUCUAAUUUAUUUCUUCUAAACUUAAGAAGCCAAAAACCUACCACUUCCACACGGAAUGGGAGGAGAACUAUUUUCACUCUAUCAUGUGGGACAUGCCAUGGCUGACUUCAUGCAGGGUUAAGGUAAUGUCAUGUAAGCUAACGUCUCAUCAAUGUUUUGUGUCAUUACUGCCACCUUGAGACCAGAAUUCUACGCAUCACGAAAGAACUUGUAAGCAAUACCGAGCAAGGUAACUAAUAACUGGCUACACACUCGGAGAAGCUGCCUGGCCGGCGGGAAGGCAAAGAGAAACAAAUGGCAAAUUUACGCCGCUCAUGUAUGAAAUAUUACAAACACGUCUCAGGGUGAGGCGGUGCAGUUUAGGGUGAAAAAAGUUUAAACACAAGUUUUUUUUUAAACUUGUUUUUUUCAAGGGUUUGUAUCAUGAAUGUUUUAUCUUCCGUGGUCAGCCUUGCCCCCACUGGUAGUUUAUGGGUCAACAUUUUGUUGCAAUGACAGUGAAAGCGUCACAGAUAGGACAACGGGCAACAAGUGAUAAUGUGUGCGUCAUGAAAUGCAGUCUUGCACGCUAUCAGCAUCCUUGAGGAAACAGUUUUGUUUGCAUGGUCUUGUAUGGCUUAAACUCUCCUAUGAUACAUUAGCAAUUAAAGAAGAUGAAAACGUUUAAACUACAUUAAUACAUUAAUUAUAAUGCAGUCGUCCCUCGCAAUAGUUUGAGUAUGGCUCCCUCGCUAUAUCGCGGGUUUUCAAAAAUGUAUUAAGAAAUGAUGUUUUGUGGUUGAAUAUAUGGCCUAUUUUUAGUAAAAAAAAAAAAAAAAAAAGUAUAUUUAAGCAAACUGUCCUUAUUCUUGGCCUAAAUUAAGCAUUAUGAAGCAUAAAGAUGGCUAAAUUAACGAACUAAAUGAGCUGAAAUACAAAUAGAAGGCAGAAGAGGCGAACUGUGGCUCUAGUAAUGUAUUCUACAUUGGCCACUAGGUGUCGGUGUUCGGUGUGACAGGCACUAGACUCGUCACUAAGGUUCCCUUGGGAACACAUUUACUGUGACACACACGGAGCACAAGCAUGAUUUACGUCUUACAUGUCUUAUUUACUCGUAUUCUGUCUACUGCAUCGAGUAACACGAGUGCAAAGCCAUUUAAAGCCGGAAGUACGCUGUCCAGAAAGAAACGAGGAGCUGCUAACGUAAUUGGACUGCCAGCCCCCAGUUGACUGAUAUAUGCCUCGGUGCUUCCCGUGGCUCCCCGAGUGCGCCAAUCAGAGACGGCACAGCCGCCCAAACGUGUUCCUCCGUGCAGCCGCUGAGUGAAUGGGAUGUCAUAUCUUCCUUACAAUGUCAAUACAGACGCUUUCCGCCGCGAAAUGCCCCUCCGCAUUGGUAGUUUUGCGUUCUUUUUUUCAGUGAAAUGUUUGAAUUGGCUGACUCAGCAGUCCGAGUGCCAACAAAAUCUGUCCGAGAUGGCAAAAACAAGAUAUGAGAAGCUAAGCUGUUAACAUGUGCCAGAGGCCGCAGCACUUUUGCAGAACAGACCCGGCACAUUCUCAGCACGUCAGACUUCCCCUGGAACAUCGUGGCUUUUCUGCGGAGUGGAGAUGCACCGCACUAAGGGAACAAAACAGGAAGUGAUUUUCCUCAAACGGUGACAGCAGUAGCGGUAAUAGGAAGGUUAUGGAGUCCGUUUAGAUAAGGCCUUUUGUUUGGAGGGUCACAAGCAGCUAAUUGACUGAGUGACUGCUUUUUCCAAGCAUCAUCGGAGCGCUUUGUGGUGCAUUUUAACAGCAGCGCUCACAACAAAAGUAAAAAAUAACACGUUAACAGCGGUAACUAGUUUAGUUAAUUAUGUUAACAUUUGCACCACGAUUAACGCACACGCGUCAUGACAAACCUCGCUUCCAUGUGAUGAGGGACGAAGGCAAGUAUCCCCACCGAGUCCUUUUUUAAACUUUGUUCCUACCUUAACACGUCAACAGCGGUGCUCAGGUGCAUCACCGUGCUGGCGUUGAAAGAAGAAAUCAAGGAAGCCAGUGUUGCCAAAGUGGAGGUGCCAACAAAACGGGGGUCACAAGCAGUCGAAACUCCUUCUGCCCAAAAAGAGUCUUCACCAAAGCGUAAAAGGAUGCGCAGACAAGGGGAGACCAUCUUCUUUCUCUUUUGUUGCACCCUCAGCUGGAGUGCCGUUUCCAUGCCGUUCAAGCCAGGUGAUGGUGGGGAUCGGGUUUCCAGUGGCAUUGCACUCCAGAGAUAUUUGGCUGCCGUACGCUACUCUCUUCUCCUUGGGAACUCUGAGGAUUCGUGCUGGAGCUGCACAUGUCACAGACCACACACAGACAAGUAGAGACACAUUGGAGCACAGUGGCGUCGGUGCAAGCAGAGAUGAAUGAGGCAGCUCUUCUUCCAGUGGUCCAGGCAGGAGACGGGAGGACACUUUCCAGAGCAGAGUUUCUCUCACUGCUAAACACCUACAACUGCUUCCUGAAGGACCAGAUUCAACUGCAUCUGAGUUACUUUCAGGGCGACGAUGGCGAAGUGGUUGUGGAGGGCUUCCUAAAUAUCUGCUGGGGUGUUAAAAGACCCAUUCGGCUGAAAAUACAGGAUGAGAAACAGAUGCUUCCCUUUGGUCCCCUCAUCUCAUCCGACCCAACGAGCCCGGUCAGCCCGAUCGGAAACAGGAGGGGCAUGUCACGAUGGGGGGAGUAUGUCGACCUUCACCAGAUAGAUGAGAUGGGUGAGACAGCGCGCCAAACUGUGGUCAACAAUCCUCUACCAGGGCCUGCUGUUUAUGAGACCACAACGCUUCGUCCUGUGAGGCAGAAGAGCUGCGAGCUGGAGGCAGAGGCCAGCCUGAUUCGCUGCAUGAGCGACGCCUCACUGGUCAAGAGGCGGAGUCGUCGAGGCAAGUCAGCGGCGCAGAGAGAGAGAGAGCGACGACAUCGCUUUUCUAUAAACGGACACUUCUAUAACUAUAAGACUUCCAUCUUCACUCCUUGCUUUGGAACAGCAACUAAGGUCCGCAUUACAAGUAAAAUGGUCACAAACCAAGUCAUUGAACAGCUACUGAACAAAUUCAAGAUAGAGAAUGACCCUCAGGAGUUUGCACUAUACUGUGUUCACCAGAGUGGAGUCUUGGUGGAUGCAGAAAAGAGGAAGAUGAACAAUAGAGACCAGCCGCUGUGGGAGCGCAUACUGCAGGGCCCUUCCGAUGACAUCAUGAAGAUCUUUUUGAUGGACAUGGAUGAAGAGGAAGUCAGCAAUGAUGUGGCCCAGUAUCUAAACUUGGAGCUUCCCAUCCUGGAGCAGGUUCUACUAAAUCUCAGGGAGGAGGAGAACAGGGAGGUUCAGAUGGUUAUUAGCAAAUACCAGAAACACCACAGAGUCCUGUCCCGUAUGUUGAGCUGCAAGAUUUCACCUCACAUUGAGACCAGUGUCUGAUAAGACGCAAUACAUGCAGAAACCGAUGGACAAAUUUGUGUGGCUAGAGCUGUACUGCAACAAAACAGGAAAAGGGAAAUGAAGCUGCACUCAAUUCAAACCGUAACGAUAAUGGUGUAAUGUAAAGCAAACACUGCCGCCUUGUGUGUCUGGUGGCAAAUAGUGGUUCUCAACUUGCCAGAUAGCGUAAGUUUUUGAACUAAAAUAUCGCCAACAUAUUUUAUUUAAUGACAAUGCCUUGUGAAUUUGAGCAACAGGUUCCCAAAAAAAGACUCAAAUUCAUAGCCUUUUAUUAAAAUGGAACCCACAUAAGCAAGUCAAUUGUAACUUCCAUAAGACACUAAAUCAUGACGUUCAACAUAAACAAAAUGCACUUAAGCUAAUGCGCUAGCUUGAUGCUAAUUUACUUUGAAAAUCCCAUAUACGGGCUAGCAAUUACCAUUAGCCACUUACAUGGCGAUUUUGAAUACUUCCAAAUACGGCAAUUAAAUAGACAAGCACAUUCCACUUAAACAGCUGAUAUGUAAUAAGCAUGACAUACUUACAAACACAACACAUUAAAUGUGUUAGUUAAUGGAAGUAGACAACAAACACACCUGGUUGGUCUUCUUCGAUGAUAGCAGGUUUCAAUUUCAAAUAGCGUUACAGUAGAGAUGUGCGAGUAUUGAACGAGUCGUUAAAAACUCGUGAGUGUCUCUGUUAACUCGUUCACUUACCCACCCCUGCUACCGCUAGCCACAUAAAAAAAAGAAAGUAAGGCAACAUAUCACAGGCGCUCUGUGAUCGGUGACUCCAGCGAAUUGAGUACCCCAUUCACGCAGGGGUGUGCACAUACGCUCAGUGACGGGUGACUCGAGUGAAAUAAGUACCCGACUCACUUCAUUCAGAGACUUGUAAGAACUCGAGUCAGUAAGAGGAAUCGAGUUUUCCAUCAUUACACUUCAGUGCGUCGUCACCAGCUACCCGAGUAUUAAUCGACAACGCCCCGCUGCAUAAAAAAUUCCCUUCAGAAUAAAAGUGUAAUUUUUUUUGACAAUUUCUGCGUUAAGACAAACACCUUCUUCCUCUUCUUCUUCUUUUUUCUUCUUCCAGUCAUUUUUAGUGUAAUAAAUUGCUUCCAAUUUGGGAGUCAUUCUACUUCCAAAAUGAGACUUACUAGUCAGCAUUCAGUGUAUGGUUAAUGUGCUGUAUGGGAUUAAAGUCAAACCUGCAUCAGUUUGCUGCAGCAAAGGAUGGAUUGCACAACAAGUAAUGCACUUGUUGCUUUUUCAAUGGACUAUUUUCCAACAAAAUGAGCUGCUGAAACAAACUGCACAAACAUGAUGGACAAGCUUGGUACUGUUGUCUAUAAAGUAAUUAGGGUCAAGGUGUAAAAAUGUGGGCAUUAUUUUUUUGCUAGCUUUUUCAAGAAACCCCAGAAAGAUCAGUUUGUAAUUUAGCAUUAUUUUGCAUAUUAAAAACUCUAGCCUCACUCAUGUUUGGGAUCAAGUAAAAAAAAUAUUUGUACAUUUUCUUUUGCACUUACUCUAAAAUGAAAGCAAUGCAACAACAAACUACAUUGAACUUCACUUGAUGCUUUGAAGUGUAUUUAAUAUCAAGCAGCAUUUUUUUGCAAACAAUUCACUUCAAUAUUGUACCAAAUGUAACAAAGUGUUCUCAAAAAGCAAAAACUCAAGCUUUGUCUUAAACUUUUGGCACAGUCCUCUUGCACUUGUGACUCUGCAUCUCAUGUUUGUUGCUGCGGGGGUUGAACAUCACCUCAAAGUGGCACU